UACAAUCCUUCUCAAACGACAUUACAAACGUGAUCGUAUAUAACUAUGCAGUUCUUACUUCACUGGCUCUCCUGGACUGGAUAUCAACUCAACACCGGGUCCGGGAACGAGUACCAGAGUGAACAAGUGAUUGGAUUCCCGCCAUCUCAGGCGGCGAAGCCGAGGAACUAUGCAGCUUUGAUACCGUCCGAGAAAGCCCAGCUGGAAGUAGCUGGAAUUCCUUAUCCAGAAUGUGGUGAUGAUGAGUUAAUCAUAAAGAACCAUGUCGUUGGUGUCAAUCCCAUAGAUUGGAAGGUCCAAUCUGGUGGCUUCGGUCUCGAGUAUCCAGUGGUUAUGGGUGAAGACGUCGCUGGCGAGAUCCUAGAGGUCGGCACAAAUGCCAAGCAUAAUUUCCAUGUUGGACAACGUGUCAUGGCGCACACAGUGGGUUUCGACAAAGGAUCAAGCUAUGGUGGAUUCCAAUUGUAUCCUGUUUUAAGGGCUGCGAUAACCUCUCCUAUUCCAGACGAUCUGUCUUUCACAGAAGCUGCAGUACUGCCUUUAUCUAUUUCCACUGCCGCGGCUGGACUCUUUAUGAAUGCUACAUUGGGACUCAAUUCUCCCAAGACCGAUACGAUCUUCUCCUUGCCAUCAACACACGUUGCGGAUAACCCAGUACUCCUGCUUUGGGGCGGAUCCUCAUCCGUUGGCAGUUCUGUCAUUCAAUUGGCAUCAGCAGCUGGUUACACUGUCAUCACAACAUCUUCUUCGUCAAAUUUCAAGUACUGCAAGGAACUGGGUGCUGCUCAUGUUCUCGAUUAUCAUGAUCCAGAAGUGGUCCCGAAACUGAUCAACUUAUUGAAAGGAAAUAAGGUAGUCGGUGCGUACGACGCCAUUGGAUCUGUUACGACAGUGUUACAGUGUGCGUCUGUACUAGAAGCCCUUGGUGGUGGGAAAAUCUCAAGUGUUGGAGCUGCUCCCAGCAAUUUACCUCCCAAAGUGACACUGGCUCGCAUAAGUGGAGGAGCGUUAGAACCACGGGAGCCGACAGUGGCGAUGGAAGUCUGGGGUACUUAUGUUCCAUGGGCGUUGAAAUCCGGGAGAUUACUGCCAAGACCCAAAGCACUCAUCGUUGGCAAGGGAUUAGAGAAUGUUCAGAAAGGACUUGAUCGACAAAAAGAAGGUGUCAGUGCUAAGAAAGUCGUGAUCGCAGGUCUCGCAAAAUGAUUUCAGUGUCUGUAUUUAGAGAAUUUGGAGCUCACUAAAUCUUUCUAAAAAAAAAUCAGGUUGUCAAAGAGAGUCACAACAUAUCAUAUAGCAUUCACAAAUAGAGAAUCAC